GUGAGCGCCUUCCCGCUUGCGCCGCUUCCCUCCCUGCGCCGAGGGCACGCCGGGUCGCGGGGCCGCAGCACAGAGACCCAGCCUUAGGGGACAUGAGGGGAUUUCGAUCCAAGCGGAGGAUUCUGUAAGAACAAAAGACAAAAGGAUAACACAAAGAAACCCCCUUCUCUAUUGAAGCAGCCAUAAGGUUCAGUGUUCCAGCUUUGAAGUCCCUAAUAUAUUUUGGCUCAUGAAAAUGGAUUAAGAAGAUGUAGAAUCACUCUGAAUACCAGACUUUCCCAAGUUCUUUAUGUGUAGGAGAGAGAGAAGUUUCCUGAAAUGUGAUACUCUUCAUGGAAACAAAUGUCAAGAAAAACAAUGUGAACAAAACUUGCAGUAGUCUGUCAAGUGCUGAAGAAGCCUCUGUUAUUAUCUGUAACACCUUGUCUUUAGAGCAAGUUUCACGAUCUUAUGUGCCAGAUCUUCCCAGAAUUUUUCCCAGAGUAGUACAUCUAGGAAGCUGAAUCCCAGAAAAGGUGACCAGGCACUGCAAUAAUAUCACAACAGUCAAAUUCUUCAGACAUGUCUCAAAUACCCGUCCCAGGAAGACCUCCCUUCAAGAUAUGCUAUAUCUGUGGCAGAGAAUUUGGGUCACAAUCUAUUGCCAUACAUGAACCUCAGUGCCUAGAGAAGUGGCGUAUUGAGAACAAUCAGCUACCAAAGCACCUUAGAAGGCCAGAGCCCAGGAAACCUGAGGUCCUUACUGGUUCUGGUUCCUAUACACUUACAGAUGAAAAUGAAGCAGCUUAUUAUAGUGCUCAAGCCCAGCUGGUGCCCUGUAGAAAGUGUGGCCGAACCUUUUUUCCUGACCGUCUCCCCGUGCACGAAAGGUGUUGCAAAGGAGGUGGCAGCAGUGCGAGGCCACCAGGCACUACCACUAGUAAAUCUGGUAAUGCACCGAGAUCUGGACCUGGCUCAUCAAGUAGUGAUCCAUUUGAGGCCCAUCAAGGAACAAGCAGGGCUGCACCAGCUGUAUCAGACCAGGCAAAAGUGAUAAGACGGCCACCAACAGUGAUUUGCUACAUAUGUGGCCGUGAGUAUGGAACAAAAUCUAUUAGUAUACAUGAGCCACAAUGCCUGAAAAAAUGGCACCAGGAUAAUGACAACCUCCCCAAGCACUUGAGAAGGCCAGAACCCAAAAAACCUGAAGUCAGAACCGUGCAAGCCAAAGGUUUCUAUGAUCUUGAUGCUUUAAAUGAGGCUGCCUGGACCAGCGCCCAAGCCCAGCUAGUUCCAUGUGAUAUUUGUGGGCGUACUUUUCUUCCAGACAGACUGAUUGUCCACCAGAGGUCCUGUAAACCAAAACCUGCAAAGUGAAGUGGAUGUAACACACAUGCAUACAAAUGUAUGUCUGCUCACACACACACAGACAGACACACACACACAUAUUUAUCCUAAGCUAAAUAAAGUGUGCGUGUGUGUGUGUGUGCACAUGCACCCAUGCCUUUCAGACAAACCAUGAGAGAAAUAAAAUUCAUACGGAGAGACAUGGUCACCAAAACGUUAUUGUGUAAUGAUAUCAUCUGCUCCAAAAGUCUCCAGAGUAAAAAGCAGCAGUUGCUACUAAAGUGUAAAGCCAAAUACAGAAAAUUACUUUGUUGAAAACAAAAUUUUGCUUCUCUUCUUUCAAAGACACUGUGGUUGGUGUAAAGACCUUUAGCCGAACUUGACUAACUAGAGAAACCAAGUAACUCCUUUAAGUUUGUUUCAGUUUUGUUUGGGUUUUCUAGUUUUUGGGGGUUUUUUUGUUUGGAGCACUCCACUGUUCACAUCCAUGUGUAACUGUAUCUCAUAAAGCCCUUGACUGCUGCAAGUGAAGCCUUCCCGUGUAAAGGCAUCCAGUCGUGUGGUAGAAGCAGACACAGGCUGUUUUUAAAAAAACACCUAGAAGCAUCCUAUUUUUGUUUAAGAAUGAUGCUGACCAUGUGAUUUAUCCUCAGCUCAGUAAACCCAUCAUGUCAAAAAAUUUGUAAGUCAGGGAAGCACAUCUUGGUCAUGAACUUUGUAAGAGAAAACAUUUUAAUGUCAAGACAAAAUGAGCAUGAUGUGCCAGAUGGCUGGCAAAAACCACCAUCCUGCCCCUCUGUACCAAAUGAGGCCAUCACAGAGACCCAGUUCUGAAAGACUGGGUAUUAUACAAGAAAGCCAUGGGGAAGGUGUUUGAAGGUGCUAUUUUGAAAAAUGCUGUUACCUCAUGUAGAGGAAUGAGUGCCAAAACACAUCAGUAUAGGAAUAGGCUAAACACGUGAAGGAAGCAAUACUCUCUUUUACAAGGUACAGCAGAGAGCAAUUAUUAUUUUACUUACUCUGAAGCAUUUUAUUAAGUGGUGAGGUUAUUCAAAAGGUAUGACAAAAUCCAGUACAAGUUGUGAACUAGCAAUCUGGGCUUCCUAAUAUCAUGAAAGAAACUGUACCAUGUAUGAGCUUAAGGCCUAGAGUUGUCUGCUAUGUAUUAUGUGAUUGAUGUGACUUUUCUCAGAGCAUUCACACUUACUAUUGUACUUACAAAUCAGAGGAGGCAAGUGCUUUCAUACACACUAAAAUGAAAUAUGGGUACCAACAACUUUUCUUUUCCAAGUGAUCAAGCUGUGUGAUUUGUGGAGUAAGUGAAACAAGAAGCAAUAUCUUUGUUCUGUUAUUAGAGAAAUGCUCCUGGCUCCAGCCCUGGCGGGCUGUUAAUUCAGACUGGAGAAGUACCAGCAUUCUUCGGUGAAAAUAAUUUCCAAAACAAUCAGUGGUACCUCAGCAGCCCUUUCAUCUUUGGAAUGAGGAUUGUAUAGUCUGAAGAUAGAUAUCUUCAGGAGUCAAAGGUUCAGUUUCUGUUCUACAGAACAAAGCUGUGUAAACCCUGCAGAUCUGUUCUUAGUGUCUCCAGUGUAAGAAGAGGUGCUGUCGGAGCUGGAACAGUGCCACCCCUCCUCCUUUUGGCUGGGAGAAGGCGCAUGUGGCCUGAGGAAAGAAGAACAGGGGCACUAGUUUGUGAUUGCUAGACUGGCUCCUAGGAGCUGCUGGCUGGCAACAUACACUGCAAGUCCCUGAGGCUUUUCUAAGUCACACCGAGUGCUGGCCCACUGACAAGUGGUUUGGUAAUUGGAGGAUUAUGGAUAUCAUAUGAUCUCACCUUUGUGUCCCCUCUUCUUCUUGGAAUACUCUCUUUUCUUAGACACAAUAAGCAUUUUUUGGUUACAUCUGCCUCACUGGGUCAUCAAGAUUCACUACAUCCACUUCAUGAGCAAAAACAUUUUUUAAAGAAAUUAAGCCUUUGCAUUGCAUAGUCCUGCAAUGUUUGGCAUUAAAAAUGCAGCUCUGCCUCUUGGUGGAAUGCAUAUAUUGGAGUGUCAUUCUGAAAGUUAGACUUAGUGUCUUGAUAUUUUAAAUCUGUCAGAGAUUUCACCCAGAACAAGUUUUCUGUAUUUCAUUGUCAGCUCUACACUUGUAUAUUUUUUGGUUUCUGGAAUUUUUUCACAAAAAGCAGUAAAAUCUGUCUGAUGAGCUGUAUGUUUAUGAAUAAUAAAAAAAGUACCAAUAUUAAGUGUACAUUGUGUCUUAUCCAGAAGUACUGUUGUAGGGGAACUCCUGAAGCCAUAAGCGUAGAGUAUGUUUUCCACAUCAUCUUUUAAAAAGGGAAAUGAGGAUCUGCCAAAUUAGGAGCUGUCUCCACUAGCUGGUGAUUGCUGCUGAGUUCUGAAUUCAUUGUGGGAUUUGAGAAAUGGUCAGCCUUACUACUCACAGAGUAAAGUCAGCAUUGGGCUGUGAGGACUGAUGGUGAGACCAGAGAAGAAGCUCAGCUGGAGCCAACAGCCCUCAGAAAAAUCUCAAGGGUUGUAGCAUUCCUUUCCCUCCACAACUUCAUGGGAACAAUGAUUUCCAAAAUAUGUAGAAAUAUAAAAAUCACUGACAUAGGAGUGCAUAUUGUUCCGUUUCAAACUGUCAUUCACAUCCCAAGGUUACUGUCACAAGCUUUUCUGCUGAGCUCACCAGUGCUGAUGUGUUUGCCAAUGAUGAUAGUGAGGUCAAAGCAAGCUUUGUUUACUGGGAGAAGCACGGAGAGUGCCUUCAUGGCUUGCUCUCAACAGAGUUAAAGUGAGAUCUUAUGAGCAUUGCAAUUAUUGCUUGGCAUGUAUAAUUUUGACUUUUUUUGCAGGAGAGGAAAAGGAAAUGAGAAAUUGAGCUACUUUGCUUCCUUUGUUUCUGUACUUUAGUGAUUUGUCAUUUAACCUUAUCUCAUCCACUGUUGGCUCAAUGUUAUUUCCAUCUGAAUCCCAUGUUUCCUACUGCCACAGCACAUUUAAAGAGCUGAAAAAUAUCUUCUGGUACUUCAAAACCAAUGACAUUUCAUCUAGUUUCCCACAAUUGUGCUGAUAGCAGCUAAAAAUAUUCCAGGACAAAAUAUACAGAAAGCCAGGACGUGGAUUGACAAGCAAAAUUUAAUCACAUUAAACAAAUGAGCAUGCACUUCCUGAUCAUAAAUAAAAGCCAUGACUUACAUUUUAGUUCAGCCAUUUGAACCUGCCAAUUUCAAAUUUAAAAACGAGGCAUUUUAUAAAAGCAAAUCAGAAGAUCAUAGUCAAGCCAGAAGCAUUUAACUGCAGACUUGAAAAAUUGGGCAUUAAUGAAAGAAUCCAUAACUGUAGUUAAGUAUUACAUGUAAAGUGUUAUAAUUUUUUGAGUUGGGAAUGUCAGAGUUACCAUACAAACUUCAAAAGGUCCUGUAUCUUUAAGGGCAGUAGUUAAAAAUGACUGAUAGGCUUGACCAAGACAGCUUCAUGGACCUUUUUUCUUAAAGACUACUAGGAGUGAAUAGACCACAACUUGAGGAACAAAAACAUUUGUAAAUGUAAUAUCAGUUUCUAAUUAAUAAUAGUGAACACUUAUAUGGAUCUGUGAAUUCUCUUUUCAGGCCACAGACCUAGAAAGCAUAUAGCACCAUGUAGAAAUUAUGUUUUCAGUAUUGACUAAUGACAAUUUGAAUGCUUAAGCUUUGGUCCAGGAUUUGCAAACAUGAUUUUUGAUCCUGUGCACACUGAAACAAAUCCUACAUUUAUUGUACUGUAUGUAUGUAUAUACUGUACCGUAUGAGUACAGAAUGACCACAUGUUAACACAUGUAUAUGUCUUAAUCCAGUUAGACUGUGCAGUUUUUUAUGGUGGAACACAAGCUUUCAAAGCUUAUGUUUGCUUAAUGAUAGAAUUUCAUAGUUCAGAAUUUUGGGUUUAUUACCCAGUUUAUGGAGCUGGUCCCUGAAGAAGGAAUUCUAGGUGGCCUUUUGACUGAAUGAGUAUUUUCAGUAGGGUCCUGUGAUUAGUUUUGCUUCACUGUCAGUGGGAAUAAGGCUUCUGAAAUCUGUAUUUCUGAACUGUGUCAACCACAGUGGGUACAAAUGAGUUUGCUGUAUCUGGAGACAUGCCACCCCUAGCAACAUGGUAGGAUUGUGCAAAAGCAGGAUUCAACAGGGGUGUGAAGUUCACCAAAAAACAAAAACUCAAGCCUGGAAAACCCUCCGAGAAGUUGCCUGAGGGACUGUCUAAAUUCUUGUGUGCUCUUUCUGUUUAUUCCUUGGUCAAUAACAUAACUGACAUACACAGUAUUGAUGACUCUGGAGCACGCAAGAAUGAGUUACUCCUCCUAAAUAUAUAUUUCUUGAAAAACUUCUGUAAUUUUCAGUUGAAGAAAAAAAUUUAUAGUCUUCACAGAGUUGAGAAGAAAGAGUUGACAACAGAGCAGGAAAUUGUACCUGACAAGAGAGACUCCAGGAGUCCAGACUGUUUAACUUCUCAAAAAUACCCAAACCAUUAGGUACCUCCCUGAUAGCCUGUACAUAUCCAGAUUAAAGAGACUUCUUUCCAGAAGAAAACACCUGAACAAUUUCCAAGCAGGAAUUUGUUACUAGUCAAACUCAGAAGUAAGAAACCCAUAACUUUCAAGCAGUUUACUGAGAUUUUCAGUAGAUUGUCUGUGGUGGGAUUUUUACAAACAAAAUUAAAAAAAAAAAAAAGUUAUGCAUAGGUAUAAUAUGAAUAAAUAUGAAUAAAUUUAGGCCAGCCUUGUAUUACAGUAUAGCAUGUAGAACUGGACUCUAAGAUAUUUCCAGAUGACCAUGAAAUAUAAUAAUUGAAAUAUAUUUUUCAGGACAGAAAACAGUUUGUAGGAGUCUAAGAAAAAUACUGCAAGUAACAGAAGCCUCUUUUCCACAGGCUUGUGUUCAUAUGUUAAAUCCCUGGGUUCUGAUGUCCCAUUGGCCCGUUGGCUCUGACCACCCCUGUUCAGCCCCCAUUUCUGUUUAUGCAUAUCCUCUAGAAUAUUCUCCCUUCCCUGAAUCCCCAUUGGUCCCAUUUCACUGCAUCACUCUGCCCUGUCAAUGCCCAAUGGCUCUCCCUAACCCCGCCUUUGCACCAUUUUGCCCUACUCCCAUUGCGCCCUAGCCCUCUGGACUGCCCAUCUUACCCCUUAUGUAAUCCUGGACCCUGAAGCCAUCCUGGUUCUUGUCCCUGGACUAUAUUUGAAGCUGUAUCCUGUUUUUCAAUAAACCAGCAUUAGGAUUUUCAAGCAAGAA